UGCGGAUCUAAUUAAGUUGCCAAAAACAAAAACUCAGACCAACUUUGCCUACAUUAUAACCAUCACAAAAGAAAAAGGCAAAGAAGAAAUCAAAGAAUGGCUGAAGAUCCACAAGACGUAGCCGAUCGCGAACUAGUCUUCAAGCGUUUUGAUUUAAAUGGUGAUGGGCAAAUUUCUUCAGCAGAACUUGGAGAGACCUUGAAGAUGCUAGGCUCUGUAACCUCUGAAGAAGUCCAGUAUAUGAUGGCUGAACUUGAUACUGAUGGGGAUGGCUUCAUUUCUUUUAAAGAAUUCGAAGAAUUUGCUCGAGCCAAUAGAGGUUUGAUCAAGGAUGUUGCUAAAGUAUUCUAGCUUUCUUGAUGCACAAACUUAACCAUUAGAAACCGAUUUAGGGUGGGUUUUGCAGGUUCAACUGAAUCCAUUGCUUUCAGCUCGAACUAUGUAUACGUAUGCAAAAUAUGUUUAAAAUGUAUACAUACAAUAAAAUCAUACUCAUUUUGAAAUCACCUUGAAAUCACCGACUCUAACAUCUAAUUUUGAUUUAUGUAUCACUUCCAAACA